CAUCCUCCAUAAUAUUUCUUUCAAUACUUAUAUUUGACACUUCAAAUCAAUACAUUAAAACUCUUGAUUUCCUUGAAUAUUUUCCCUCCUGAAAGAUAAGAAUUUUAAGACUCAAAAACUCUGAAUAAAAAGCUCUUCUUUCAAGAAAACAGACCCACAGCUUUUACUAUUUCUGGUAACCUCUUUCUCUCAUUUCCUCUGCUUCUCAUUUCAGCUCACCAAAGUCAAAACCACUAUAUAAACAUAAGCACGCCAAGAAAUACAUGCACACCUUCUCAUAUAACUCAUGCUAUUCUUACUUUCAUACUACUACUACUUACAUACUAUUGCUCAUUCUAACUUCAUGAAUAAGCAGCACCUCAACAACAUGACUUCUUCCCCGCACUCGUUUUUUCCCUUCGCCUCUGACAUCAUGAUCGGAGGAGGAGGAGAAGGAGGGGGAGCCAUUUCCCGGCGAGUCUUUUCAUUACAUGAUGUUCAAAUCCUAGAAAUUUUCCUUGCCAUCGCGGUUUUUAUAGUGAUACAUACUUUAAGGCAAAGGAAGUAUUAUGGUUUGCCAGUAUGGCCAUUUGUAGGUAUGUUGCCUUCCUUGAUCUUUGGACUAAGGCAGAACUUGUAUGAGUGGCUUACUGAGAUUACUAAUCGUCAGAAUGGGACGUUCCACUUCAAGGGACCCUGGUUCAGCAACCUCCAGUGUGUAGUGACUUCGGAUCCUAGGAACUUGGAGCACCUUCUGAAGGCAAAGUUCUCCAACUUUCCCAAGGGAGGGUAUUUUCGAAACACUCUGAAAGACCUUCUUGGGGAUGGGAUCUUUAACGCGGAUAAUGAGACUUGGUCCAGGCAAAGGAAGACGGCGAGCAUUGAGUUUCACUCAGCAAGGUUUCGACAACUGACUGCUGAGUCCUUGUUCGAGUUAGUCCAUAAGAGGCUCCUGCCUGUCCUAGAGGAAUCACAGAAAAAUUCUCUGCCUAUUGACUUACAAGAUGUCCUCUUAAGGAUGACAUUUGAUAAUGUCUGCAUGAUAGCUUUCGGGGUUGAUCCUGGAUGUUUAAGCCUAGGACUCCCUGAAAUACCAUUUGCUCGUGCAUUCGAGAAAGCUACUGAAGCCACAGUUCUUCGAUUUGUCACUCCAACCUGUAUAUGGCAAACAAUGAGGUACCUUAACCUUGGGCCAGAGAAAGAACUGAAAGAAUCAAUCACUGGAGUAAACAAAUUUGCUGAUGAAGUUAUCAGGACGCGAAAAAAGGAGCUUGCUUUGCAAGAUGAGAACAGCAAGGAGAGAUCUGAUUUACUGACUGUGUUUAUGAGGUUAAAGGAUGAAAAGGGUCAGCCAUUUUCUGACAAGUUUUUAAGAGAUAUAUGUGUAAACUUCAUCCUUGCAGGAAGGGAUACCUCAUCUGUGGCACUCAGCUGGUUUUUCUGGCUUAUCGACCAGCACCCAGAGAUCGAGCAGAAGAUUCUAGCUGAGAUAGGAAGAAUCAUACGCGAAAGGGAAGUCGCUGACAUUGCAGGAGCUAGAGGCCUAAUCAGUUUCAAUCCAGAGGAGAUUAAGAAGAUGGAUUAUCUACACGCCGCUAUCUCAGAGGCUCUGAGGUUGUACCCUUCAGUGCCAGUUGAUCAUAAGGAGGUUUGUGAAGACGACGUCUUCCCAGAUGGGACAGUGCUAAAGAAAGGUACCAAGGUAAUAUACGCUAUCUACUCGAUGGGAAGAAUGGAAGCUAUCUGGGGUAAGGACUGCAGGGAGUACAAGCCGGAGAGGUGGCUUAGAGAUGGACGAUUUAUGAGUGAGUCUGCAUACAAGUUUACAGCUUUUAAUGGAGGACCUAGACUAUGCUUAGGCAAGGACUUUGCUUAUUACCAAAUGAAGUUUGCUGCAGCCUCUAUUCUAUUACGAUAUCACGUGAAGGUGGUGAACAACCACCCUGCUGAACCAAAGCUCGCGCUGACUAUGUACAUGAAACAUGGACUAAAAGUAAAUCUCAUCAGGCGCGAUGAAGCUGAGCUUCAUAAGUUCCUCAGGGUUAGAUACUAAAAGUUAUAAGUUUGACAGGGUUGUGUGUAAUGUUUUCGGUUUUAGCUAUUUUUUGUGAUUGGAUUUGUAAAAGAAUACAUAUGAUUAGAGUAAUUUGAGAAGACAUACAGAAGUAACAGAACAUACAUUGUUAGGGUGAAAGAUUGUCUUCAACAGUGUGCAUUUAGGUAUGUCAAUAAUCAUAGGUUUUGAUGUUAAAAUUUUGAAUGAAGCAUUCAGAAUAAUAUGUUUAUGGUUUGCCUCUCCUAUACAAAAUAAUAUAAUGUGUUUCCCUUUA